UGUACGUUCUACAUUCUGAUCCGAGGAUCAGCUGGAGGAAGCAAUAACAGAGGGAAAAUCUGCAGGGGAAAAAAAUCGAGCAAGAGGGAAAAAACUGCAGAUGUUAUACUCUGAACAUCAAGUGUAAAUUCAAGUUUUACACGAGCCCCUUCUUCUACGAAGAAAGCCUUUUUUUUAUUUUGUAUUAUGGUGUUUUAACUACCUCACUUAAAAGGCAACCUAAAGCUAUGCUUUAAGAAUUAUUGUCGUUUCUACUUUGUGUGAGAUCAUCACGUUUACAAUUUGAAAUAUAUUGCUAAUACAGGCCUUUGCAGCGAUACCAAGUAAAACCUUACAUUUGCACUAAGGAAGCCUGUCGAGUCCUGUAAGAAAAUCAACCUACAAGAUCAAGACAAGAAAAGGGUUGAAGCAAAGAGAGGCCAAGGAAACCGUGCUCACUUUCCUGACCUGGCAACUGUUUGACAAAGCGAAUAGAGAAAUAACUAACUAAAUAAGAGAAACAAAAAUACUUAAUAAGUAGCAAAAACACACAAAGGCAGCUAGCUAUACCUUGAGAACUACAACUAUACACAGAACCUGACUUCCGCAAUCCCUGACCCUUGACUUUUUACCCAUUGACGUGUACCCGACCAACCGGCCUAGCCAUGUUCCAAGCUCUGAGCAGCCUGUUCUUCGGAGAGGUGGAGGAGGUGGCCGCAGAGAUCAAGGGGCCCAACCCCUGUGUGACCGACGCUGAUGAGGAAGGAUGGAUGCUGGUCAACCUGCCCGGGGAAGCUGAUUGUGCGAUGCUAGUAGAGGGAGGGAUAGAGGCGCCAUCGAUAGCACAGGCGCAAGCACAAAACAACCAAUCAAAUCACCCAGACACACCCACCAGAACUGAGUGCCCCGUCCCAUCUCCAACCCCUCCCCCCCAAUAUCAGAAUCGCCGCAGAACACACAAAGCUUGUUCACGAGCGGCAACAGUGGCGCCAUCAGACCCCCUCUCCACUCUCCCUUCUGCUAGCCCGUUAGCCACGGGCAUCGUUACGCCCAUAUCCCUAAAAAGGCGGGCCAGGCUCUCCACCCCAUCUGUGUCCCCUGGCAGUAGUGGGUCGGAGAGAGGCUGCAUGGACGAGAGCUGGUUCGUUACCCCUCCCCCCUGUUUCACUGCAGAGGGAGCCACGGCCGAGACCAGCCCCAUGGAGGAUCUGCUUAUAGAACACCCCAGCAUGUCCGUCUACGUCUCCCCUAGCAACCUGUCCAUGAUCUCCAACGGCAACCUGUCCAUCGUCGGGGAGGAGAGCAUCACCAGCCUGACAGGCAGCAUGAGCAGGGUGGCAGAACCAGCCGCUACCUCUGCCGUCCAUAAUACCAUGCCCACCAGGGUGACCCGAGGAGCCGCUGCCCAGGCUGGUACCCUGGCCAAGGUGACCCAGGUGGCCAGGGUUCAGAGGGGCAAGGCCCGCACUGAGAGGCGCCACCUUGGACGCAACCGCAUCCAGCGCCAGAACCGCACUAGGGAGCAGGUUCCCCGCCACGCAGCCCACGCUAGAAACACCUACCUGCACCAGCCCUGCCAGCGUAACAUCUGCCACUGAGCUCCCAGGGGGAGCCAUUUACUCUGAGGGCAUUAGUGAUUAUACUCCCCCUUACAUACAUACAGGUAGAUUUAUAUGGACACACACACAUAUAUACUCAUGUAGACAAAUAUGUAAAUACACAUGCACACAACGUACACGCAUCAUUUACACAUGCACACACAGCACAUAGACACGCUCUCUUUCACUAAAUCACUGUCCUACACACACACACACACACACACUAAUUGAUUUACGUAGGCUACUGUGCCAUGUUAGGCUCUAAACCCCAACCAAGCCCUCUAAUAACUUAAGUCUAUUGUUGUUAGCUGUCACAUAUAAACAUUUUUGAAAAACUUGCAAAAAAAUAUUACUUAGCAACUAAUAUGUGUGUAAAACUAUAAAAAGUUCCAUCUACUCUCUCCAUUUCAGUUAAAACACUCAUCUCCUCUGUCUCUUCCUAGUGGAAGUCCACCUAUUUACUGUCAUGGAAUACAUGGCCCUCUCUCCUUUGCAGCCGUCCUAAUGCUUUUAAUCAGGUUGGGGGACAGGCAGGCAAAGGAGGAGAAAUGAAAGAUGCUCACUCUCUUUCUGCGGGAACAAGCUUUUAUAGGGAAUCUUUAUUAGAUAGCACAUCUGUGGACAUGUAAUCAUUUUAGCCGUUGAGUAUCUACGUAGCUGGUUAUAAAUGAAGACAGGGAAAGGCUGCCCACAGGAAAAACUCCUCAUCUUGUCCUUUAUUUUCCGUGUUUGAGUUACGAAACAUUUUUUAAUAAAGAAAUCUGUUCGCAAAAAGGAAGAGUAUACUGUGUACAUUACAGUGAGAGAGGAGAAAAACCAGAAGAGGUGUUUGUCCUCUUGUCCCAAUGUGAGGGAUGGAAGCAGGUAGAGGAAGGUGAAAGAGAGGAAGACGAAAACAGACUAAAGAGUAAAAAGAAGUCAAAAACGAUGAAUUGGAGAGUUUAGAUAGGAUGACAGAGGAACCAGAGUAGAUGUAGUUGACUGUGUAGUGUAGCUUUCUGGGCAGCCAAUAGUUCAUUUUUAGAAUGCCUAACUGGCUACUUUUACAUAUUUGGUUUGCCAUUUGUGACUAAGACAAGUUUGCCAAUGCAGAAACAAACAGGCACUCUUAUCUCAAGUCAGGCAGACUUGCAAAGCAGGAAGCUGAUUCCCUAAUUUCCUAAACAUUUUUGUUCAACAACUACAACACGAUCAUGAAAGUAAUUCAGAGCUGUCUGGUCAUAAGAAGUCUAGUAUAGCUAGCUUCAAUGACUGUGUGCAUAGUUAACUGUGUAUGUCCUGUGCAAAUUACUUUGUUGGGACGUACCAUAAUGAUAUAUGUAGGGAAACUAGCCAAGGGUUGCCUGUAGGUUACAAGGCUAAAGUAGGUGCAAGGCGGUAUGGAUGGCAACUAUUUAUUUUGGUUUGUUUGUUUGUCUGCUACUGUUAUUAAAGUUCUGGAGAAGGUAGGCCUAACCAAUGCUCUCUGAAUGAUGUCUGUGACAGGAAAAGCCUGUUUCCCUGCAGCCCCAUAAUGAGAGCACAUCGGUUCAUCCAAAUAGCUGACAACCUAAAAACUUGGCCUAGUUUGACAGAAUGACUGUGAAACAUUCACACAUUGAGGAGAAUAGUAUAAAAAAAAAAGAAAAAAUCUAUAUACAUUUGCUCAGCACACACAUUGGGCUCCAACUGAUGUUAUUGUGCUGUGAUGCUUCUGCAUUAAGACACCUCCCCCCAAACUAAAUAUGAAUCAAGUGACAACCUUACCCAUGAAAAGACAAACAGGGAAAUAGAUAACAUCGACCAAUCCCUUUUCACUUCAUGUCAUUCAGUGACAACAGGGUAAUCAUGGUAGGAGACUCGGGGUGAACACACACACACACACACACACACACACACACACACACACACACACACACACACACACACACACACACACACACACACACACACACACACACACACACACACACACACACACACACACACACACACACACACACACACACACACACACACACACGAUGUCCACCGGGUUGAUACUGCUCAGUGUUGCUAGUAAAGACUAGCUCAAGGACAGAGAAUUAGUUAUGAGUGACCCUUUACCUUCUACACCCACUCCCUGGCCUCCUAAUAGCACAUCCAGCCGUAACAGUGUCCCCCACCUUAAGAUCUAGCUUACUGAGAUGUAUUCAACUACAAUAGUAAACUAUGGUGCUGAAGUGUAUAUGACUAUAUACUAAAGUUUGUCAAUGAUUUGAGACAUGGAUGUAAGUUUGCACUGUCAUACAUUUUGGUGAGUCAAAGUUUUAGCUGUGUGAUGUCUUUUAUUCUCCUUUGGGAUGUUUACUUUUUCUUUUUGUUUUGUAUCAAACCAUCAAAGGUCUGUGAGAGUGUGAGAGGAUGUGUGUUAAAAAAAUACUUCAAAAGACUAAUAAUGAUCAAUUAUUUUUCUUGUACAUAUUAGAAUACAGGUUGUAAUGCUCCUUGCCGUUAGGUGUCAAAGCGACUCAGGAUUAGAGUCCUUAAAGUAGCUACCAUCUUGACUGAGGACAAGACUGUCCCUGCCUCUUUCCUGAAUAGGACAGUAAGGAUACAUCUCAAUGAUCUAAAGUGGCAUCCUAUCCACUUAUCCUUUCUUUAAUCUACACUGAGAUGUGACCAAUUGAGAUGUACCCUAUUGGAGCUUUUGGGUUAGAUGUGUUAACGUUCCAAUUAGACACUGCCCUCUAGGGGGAUAAAAGUGUAAUAACUUGUAACGACACAGGAUCAUUUCAUGCUGGCAUCAUCAUAACACAACACAUGUUUUAAAGUAUAAAGAUGUAUUUGUGGGAGCAGUGGAAUUGUUCUCUAGAUACAGUGAGAGUGAGGUGAGAAAUUGUUCUUAUUGUUUAGAAUGUUCUGAACUAGAAACAUUUAUUUGUCCCUUCAAUCACAAACCACCAUGUUCCACUCAACGUAUCGCCAACCAUCUUGUAAAUUACUAUAUUUUAUUUUAAUUAUCUACUAAUAUGAUAUAAUUAUUAAUAUUAUGUAUAUUUAUUUUCUGUUGCUGUUUAAAUGACUGUAUGUAACUCUGUUUGAUCCUAUGAAUGACGCAGUGUGUGGAUUGCAGUAACUACUCACUCAGACACACAGAUACAGACAGAUCUGGUCUCCAUACUUCCUUAACCCCUAGGGUUUUCUGAACCUUAUACUACAGUAUCUCUGUGGUCACACUUCUUACUCACAUGAUGAAGACAUUUUACAAAGAGAGAGGGGAGGGGGCCUAUACAUGAGAGACCAUAGCUGUGUGUGUGUGUGUGUAACUCACCACCUCUAACAAGGCCUUGUUGGUCCUCACUGCGAGACUGUUUUUCUCUUUUUCUUGUUGUUCUUUUCCUUCUUUCCAUCACCUUCUCACCUUUACGUCCAUGUUAUCUCCAAGUUGUUGUUUUCUGAGUAUGUAGUGUGGGACUAAUGAAAGGUGUGAGUUUAGGGUGGCAACCCGCCAAUCCCAGAGAGAGGGCGGGGCCACCGGGUGCACGUGUGUCUAGUGUGAUGUGAGAGUUGUGGGGGAGGGAGGGAGGAAGAAAGAGAGGAUGUGACAGAGGAUGGAGUAAGCAGAUAGAUUGAAAAAAAAUCUGAAAUGAAAUGUAUCAACAAAAAAAAAUAUGCUUGUAUUUUUCCCCGUUUAGUUAUUAGAACAGUUGUUCACCUGGUAUGUUAAUGUUUUAAAAGAAAGGGGGUUGAUUGUGUGUGGAUUAUUUUUGUUCUGCUUUGCGCCCUAAAAUGAUGGCAGCUUUAAGAUACUUUGGGGUUCACCCACGUACCAUCUCAAUGAGUACACCCCUCCCCUGUCAAAACAACUAUUUAUAGACAUAUAAAAAAGAUUGGUGUAUCUGA